UGAGGGGGUGAGGGGGCGGGGCUUCACCGGAGCUCACCGGGACCUGUCGGUGAGUUACCGGCGGUUCUCUGAGGAUCGUGGCCGCAGCGGAGCGUCGCUGAGCGGCUUCAGGACUGUGAUGAGACCGGAGAGGAAACAGGUGUUCACAAUGACCACUCUCAGCUGAACAUCACCUCAAUAUGACAUCAUCAGGCCCCGCUCCCUCCCGCCUCCCUCACCUUUGUCCUCAGGACCACGUCUCAUGGCAGAUUGGAUGCCUGUUGUCCCUGUGGCUCCGCCUCCUUCUGUCACUUUGGCUCUGGAUUGGUGGACAGGUGAUCCAGGUAGGCUCCUCCCACCAACACUUCCACCCCCACUCCAUCAAGAUACAUGGUGACAUCACUCUGGGCGGCCUGUUCCCCAUCCAUGCCCGCGGGCCCCACGGUUUGCCCUGUGGCGAGCUGAAGAAGGAGAAGGGGAUCCACCGCAUGGAGGCCAUGUUGUACGCUCUGGACCAGAUCAACAGUGACCCCGAGCUGCUGCCCAACAUCACGCUGGGCGCCCGCAUCCUGGACACCUGCUCCAGAGACACGUACGCCCUGGAGCAGUCGCUCACCUUCGUCCAGGCACUGAUCCAGAAAGACACGUCCGACAUCCGCUGCUCCAACGGAGAACCGGCAAUCGUCCGUAAACCAGAGAGGGUGGUGGCCGUGAUCGGGGCGUCGGCCAGCUCCGUGUCCAUCAUGGUGGCAAACAUCCUGCGCCUGUUUGAGAUUCCUCAGGUGAGUUACGCGUCCACCGCUCCAGAACUUAGCGACAACAACAGGUACGACUUUUUCUCCCGCGUGGUUCCUCCAGACUCGUACCAGGCUCAGGCCAUGCUGGACAUCGUGCGAGCGCUGGGCUGGAACUAUGUGUCCACGCUGGCGUCCGAGGGAAACUACGGCGAGAGCGGUGUCGACGCCUUCAUGCAGAUCUCCAGAGAGGAGGGCGGCGUGUGUAUCGCUCAGUCGGUGAAGAUUCCUCGCGAGCCGACGCUCGGAGAGUUCGAUAAGAUCAUCCGUCGACUGAUGGAGACGAGUAACGCCCGCGGCGUCAUCAUCUUCGCCAACGAGGACGACAUCAAGCGUGUCCUUGAGGCAACCAAGCGCGCAAACCUGACAGGUCACUUUGUGUUUGUGGGGUCGGACAGUUGGGGUGCCAAGAGUUCACCAAUCGCAGAGCUGGAGGACGUGGCAGAGGGCGCCGUCACCAUCCUGCCCAAACGAGUGUCCAUAGACGGCUUCGAUCACUACUUCACGUCUCGUUCUCUGGAGAACAAUCGCAGGAACAUCUGGUUCAAUGAGUUCUGGGAAGACGACUUUAGGUGUAAACUGACUCGACCCGGAGUCAAACUCGACCCGGACAAGAAGAAGUGUACAGGUGAUGAGAGGAUUGGACGGGACUCGUCCUAUGAGCAGGAAGGAAAGGUCCAGUUUGUCAUCGACGCCGUUUACGCUGUCGCUCACGCUCUCAACAACAUGGUUCAGAACUUUUGUCCCAGCGGCGCCGGCGUCUGUGGCUCCAUGGACCCGGUGGAGGGGCGGUCACUGCUCGAGUACAUCCGAGCGGUCAACUUCAACGGAAGUGCAGGUACCAGUGUUCUGUUCAAUGAGAAUGGAGACGCUCCUGGUCGCUAUGACAUCUUCCAGUUUCAGUUCACCAAUCACAGUCACCCUGGUUACCGUGUCAUCGGACAGUGGACCAAUAACCUGAGACUCAAUUUGGAGGACAUGCAGUGGUCUGGAGGAGACACGUCAGUCCCAGACUCUAUCUGUAGUUUUCCUUGUAAACCAGGAGAGAGGAAGAAGAUGGUGAAAGGUGUUCCCUGCUGCUGGCACUGUGAGCUCUGUGACGGGUAUCAGUACCAGCUGGACGAGUUUUCCUGUGAGACCUGUCCAUCAGACAUGCGUCCAGUCCCCAACAGAACCGCCUGUCGUCCAACACCGAUCAUCAAACUGGAGUGGAACUCGCCCUGGGCUCUUGUCCCCGCCUCCCUCGCCAUGCUGGGUAUCCUAGCAACCAGUGCUGUGGUCGCGAUCUUUAUCCGCUUUAAUGACACGCCCAUCGUCAGGGCGUCAGGAAGAGAACUCAGCUACGUACUACUGACAGGUAUCUUCCUCAUCUACCUCAUCACCUUCCUGAUGAUCGCAGAGCCCGGUGUGGUGGUGUGUGCGUUCCGGCGCCUCCUGCUGGGCCUCGGUAUGACCAUCACUUACUCGGCCAUGUUGACCAAAACAAACCGCAUCUACCGCAUCUUUGAGCAGGGCAAGAGGUCAGUGACUCCGCCCAGAUUCAUCAGCCCCACCUCCCAGCUCGCCAUCACCUUCAUCCUAAUCUGUGUACAGGUCCUCGGCGUGUUUGUGUGGUUCGCCGUCAUCCCACCUCACACCAUCAUCGACUACGAUGAGCUCCGCCCCCCAAACCCUGACCUCGCCCGUGGCAUCUUGAAGUGCGACAUGUCGGACCUGUCAAUCAUCUGCUGCCUCAGCUACAGCAUCGUUCUCAUGGUGACCUGUACGGUAUACGCGGUAAAGAGUCGUGGUGUCCCCGAGACAUUUAACGAGGCCAAGCCGAUCGGUUUUACGAUGUACACCACCUGCAUCAUCUGGCUCGCCUUCGUCCCCAUCUUCUUUGGUACGGCCCAGUCCACUGAGAAGUUGUUUAUUCAGACAGCGACUCUCACCGUGUCCAUGUCCCUCAGCGCGUUCGUGUCUCUCGGGAUGCUUUACCUGCCCAAGGUUUACGUCAUCGUUCUCCAUCCUGAAGAGAACGUUCAGAAGAGGAAGAGGAGCUUGAAGGCGGCGACCCAGUCUGCCAGACUGUCUCAGAAAUCACACAAUGGUGAGAUGAAGAUUGAACCUGACAGAUCACAGUGACUCUUCCUGAAGAGCCACAGCUCAGUCUCUGCUCAGAGGCUCCUGUGGAUCAGCGGGUGUUGGAGGUUCGAUCCCUGGGUCAUGUAGAGUACAGACAGGGAAUGGAACUGUCGAUCAGUAACAGCUAUUGAUCAAUUCAACUUCAACUGUGAUGUUUCUAUUCUCUCCUCUGGUAACUGGUGACCGAUUCCUGUAAA